AUGGGUCGUGUUAUUCGUUCUCAAAGAAAAGGUCCCGGUGGCAUUUUCAAGGCUCACACUAGGCUUCGCAAAGGAGCUGCUAAAUUAAGACCUUUGGAUUAUGCUGAACGUAAUGGAUAUACAAGAGGCAUUGUUAAAGAGAUUAUUCACGAUCCUGGCCGUGGUGCUCCUCUUGCCAAAGUGCAAUUUCGUGAUCCUUAUCGGUACAAACGUCACAUCCAAACAUUCAUUGCUACUGAGGGCAUGCAUACUGGCCAAUUUGUUUAUUGUGGAAGAAAAGCCGCUUUAACUGUUGGAAAUGUGCUUCCCCUUGGUUCAAUGCCCGAAGGUACAAUCAUUUGCAAUGUAGAAGAAAAGAUUGGUGAUCGUGGUGCUUUAGCUCGUGCUUCAGGCAAUUAUGCUACUAUCAUUGGCCAUAAUCAUGAUGAAGGCAAGACCCGAAUUAAACUUCCUUCUGGCGCUAAGAAAGUUAUCAACUCUAGUGCUCGUGCUACGAUAGGUAUCGUAGCUGGUGGCGGUCGUAUUGAUAAGCCUUUGCUUAAGGCUGGUCGUGCAUAUCACAAAUAUCGUGUAAAGAGAAAUUGCUGGCCCAAGACUCGUGGUGUUGCUAUGAAUCCUGUGGACCAUCCUCACGGUGGUGGUAAUCAUCAACAUAUUGGUCACGCAUCUACAGUCUCCAGAGAAAGUGCUCCCGGACAAAAGGUACAGUUUCUUUAUUUCUUUUAUAGUAUUCAUUUUUGA